UUGGCGCUGAGACGGGACUGCUGUCAGCGAGUCGAGCUCUGUUUCUUUUACAAUGAAUGGACUCGUCACACAUAUGCGUUGAAUGAAUGUGUUUCUGCAAUAUGAAGAAUGGAAGAAGACGAUGUGACGAUCAGAGAGCAGAAUUUCCACAGCCAAGUGCGCGAGUACAUCAUCUGCUUCCUCCUGUUUGCAGUACUGUACAUUGUAUCGUACUGCAUCAUCACACGCUACAAGAGGAAAAGUGAUGACCAGGAAGAUGAGGAUGCCAUUGUCAACAGAAUAUCUUUGUACCUGUGUACAUUUACAUUAGCAGUGUCUGGAGGGGCUGUCCUCCUCUUGCCAUUCUCUAUAAUCAGUAAUGAGAUCCUGCUCUCCUUUCCCAAAAACUACUACAUUCAGUGGCUCAAUGGAUCACUCAUCCAUGGCCUCUGGAACCUGGUGUCCCUCUUCUCAAAUCUCUGUCUCUUUGUGCUGAUGCCUUUUGCCUAUUUUUUCUUGGAGUCCGAGGGCUUUGCAGGUUCAAAAAAGGGCAUUAAGGCUCGUGUGCUGGAGACGUUUGUCAUGCUCUUUCUGUUGGGUCUCCUCAUCCUGGGCAUUGUAUGGGUGGCGUCUGCUCUCAUCGACAAUGAUGCUGCCAGCAUGGAAUCGCUCUAUGAUUUAUGGGACUUCUAUCUGCCAUACCUCUACUCCUGCAUCUCUCUGAUGGGUGGCCUAUUGCUACUUAUGUGUACUCCAGUGGGACUGUCACGCAUGUUCACAGUGAUGGGCCAGUUACUAGUCAAACCCACAAUUUUAGUGGAUCUGGAUGAGCAAAUUUAUUGUAUUCAGCUGCAGGAAGAGGCCAUGGUGCGCAGACUCAAUGGUACAACAUCCAACUCUUAUUUCCAUGGUAACGCUCAGCAUCUCUACAAAGAACUGGACAACAUUCGCAGUCAGAGGAACAAACUCAAAAGGAGAAAGAAAGCCUCAGCCUGGGAGAAGAAUCUCCUUUACCCCAUAGUAAUGCUGAUCCUGCUUGCCGGAACGGCAAUUUCUGUUCUCCUGGUUGUCCUGAACAUUGUAUACUUGCUUGUUGACGAGACCGCUUUGCCAAAGGGUUCAACGGAGAGAAAUAUUGGCAAUGCCUCCUUGUCCACAUUUGGAGUUGCCCAGGCGGUUGUUGAAAUAAUUCUCAUGAUUUAUCUGAUGGUCUCAUCUGUUGUUGGCUUCUAUAGCCUUCGCAUCUUUCAGGAGCUCACUCCCAGAAAGGACGACACUACCAUGACAACGAUCAUUGGUUGCUGUGUAUCCAUUUUAGUGCUGAGCUCGGCCUUGCCUGUCAUGUCCCGAACACUUGGAAUAACAAGGUUUGAUCUCUUGGGAGAUUUCGGGCGAUUUAAUUGGCUUGGAAAUUUCUACAUUGUACUUUCGUAUAACCUGCUAUUUGCUGUGGUAACCACGUUGUGUCUGGUGCGAAAGUUCACAUCUGCUGUGCGAGAGGAACUCCUCAAAGCCCUUGGUCUGGAUAAAUUGAAUCUGUCAAAUUGCACAACAGAUGCAGAAUCGGGGAAACAUGCUGCCAAUGGACAUCAGAAAACUCUGUGAGAAUCAGUAGUGCAUACACUCAAACACCUGUAUGUGUAUGCUUUUUAAUUUUAAGAGUAGAGUAAUAUUCAGUCAGUGCAUAAAAAAAAAAAAAUGCAAAAGGGAAAAUAAUUAGAAAAAGGUGUAAAUGUGAGUCAGAUGAAACUCAUUUGUGUUCAAGUCUGAGCUGAAAACCUUUUGUUAGUCUGAAAUGAAGGAUUUAGAUUUAGCCUUCUAAAGUGUAGAAUAUUCAAUGUCCAUAACACACAAAGUUGUAGAUACCACUGAAACUCAAUACAGAAUGCUUAUAUUUCUACAGUGAUGAUACUGAUGAACCAUGCAGUCUGUUUUCACAAAGAUUAAUGGAACUGAUUUAUUUUGGUUAUCAAAUUUUGGUUUGAUUUUGAUGUUUUGCAUGUACAUUUCAAUUCAGAAUGUUAUUUUUUUACUGACUUGCACAUCUAAAAGACCCCUUAACUGCACCCUAUUAAUGAGGUAUUAUCAUUUAAAGGUUCAUGACCUAAAAGUUACAGUUUUGUGAAAACCUAACUUAAGUUAAUUUAUAUACAUAUUCAUUUCAGAAUUUACUGAUUCAAAUGCAAAUGAUGCAAUUUACAAGAUCAGUUCAUAAAAAUCACAUCUACUAACAAAGUGUGAUUUUUUUACAACAGGAUAGCUAUUCCUAUAUAGCUGUCAAAUUUCUUGCUUUAAUUCCAAAAUGUUAAGUUUUGUCAUCUGAAACCUUGUUAUUGUGUCUCUGCUAUUGAAUAUGUUUACAUACACUUGUAAAUAUGAUCAGCUAUAUGUUAGGCAUAAAAGAGGAAAGAAGCAUUAUUUUACUGUGACUAUUAGGGUUUGUUGGAUGUGACAGAAUUAAGUAUUGGGAAUUGACAAGGAAACUCUCAAAACACGUGCCUUAUUCAAAAUAUUGGCAUAUUCUGGGGAGUAUUGAAAUGUUAAACACAGCUGAGGAGUCUACCUGCCAAAAUGUCUUCUUGCACUGCUACUGUUUUAAUCUUAUUCCUAUCAGUAGGCAGAGUUCAGCACAUUAUGGGUUCGAGUCACUAGCAACAACCAACGAUACUGCUUAAUAUUAUUAGUAUUCUAAUUAUUGUGUGUUUUCAAGGAUUGGUUACAGCAGAUCGUGUUUAGAAAUUAGGAAUCAUGGAUUGUUGUGUACUAUAGUCUAGAACUCAGUUCUCUGUUGUCACAGUGGUAAAAUGCACCAAAUAAUUGUUUUCAGUUGAUGGGACACAAUGUUAGAAUAAGCUUUCUGUUCUUAAAUCUGCUGCUACUUCCUCGACAGCCUCUGAUACUAUACAACUAUGCUACACAUUCUAUGUAAAUUGAUACAGGUUUUUCCCUUAGUGGGAGAGCAUAUAACGUACUUCCUUUGAACUUGGUAAUUGCUGCAGUGCUUUUUAAAGAUCUAUAUAUUUGCCUUAUUUCAAUGGAGCAUUACUAGCGGACAAGAAAACAGCCUUUAAACAUCUAGUGUGUCCCUCUGAAGCUGCUUUGCUUUUUGCAAAUGCCAGAUUAUUAUAUCCAUGAAUAUUGAAUUUAAAGGAAUAGUUCACUCAAAUUGAGAAUUUUCAUUGUUGGGUGAACUAUUCCUUUAAAUUUGUACAAUUCAAAUUGUACAAUGUUUUUUGUUCACUCUCAUGCUCUUUUUCUUUUUUUUUUUUUUUUUAAGGCCAGUUUAGCCUGUUCAGCCUAGUGGAUUACUGGUGUACGUAGAUCAGAAGCUAAAUACUUACAUUAUGUAGAUUCAUAUGUAGAAUGGCUGGGGACACAGGACUGCAGAGCCAGAUCAAGCUAUUACACGCAUAUUAAAGUUUAUUGUGUGAUGAUGCAAAAUGAAUGUGAAGUCAGAGCUGAGUCGGCAUGUAAAAAGCAACAGUGAAGGGUCUCCUUAGUAGCUUUGAAAUACAAAGAAGUCAUAGAAACAUGUAAAUUCGUCUCCCCCUUUUUCUCCUUUUUUUUAACUUUUAUUUUAAUUUUGUCUGAAAGUUACUGAGCAUAGAGUUGAUUUUAUGCUCAGUGUCCAGACAUUCCCAUUCUGACAAAAACCAACAGGAAAACUGUUUUGGCCAUUCCUGACAUUUCUGUUACUCUGCGACUAAGAAUGUACUAUAGAAUGUAGAUAUGAAACAGGCUCUUAUUCUCAUUCAUACUAUGCUAUUUGUGGAAAAGGCCAGAAAAUGUGUUACUCAGCAUUUGUUUAUUGGGAGAAGAAAAAAAAAAUCACCUCUGGUGCCUUAAAUGGGCUUUUUAGGCUUUUUCAGUUUUCAUCUCCUUUUGUCCAGUAUUGAGGAGGCAAACUGUGCAUGUGUGAGAGGUGCAAAUGAGUGAAAGAGUGAGAGAUUGUGUGUGUACCUUUUUAUUGACCGAUUCGCUGUGAAUCCCUCAUGUGAUUGUCAAUAACAUGGCAUACCAAAAUGAUAGGAAAUAUUUUUAACUCGAACUGGCCAAAGGUAAAUAAAAUAUCAGGGCACUGAUCUGGAAUAUUGAUAUUGAAAAAUAAUUUUAAGAAAUAGAUUUCUGCAACUUUGUAAAGUUAAAGGAUUCACACGAGGCACAAGCCUAUGGAAAGGUCAUUAAAAAAUGACACUUCAGUGGGUUCUAUGGUUCAAUAUGAUGCAUUUUGGGGUGUUUUUAAAAUAAUAAAUUAAAGAAGUUACAUGUAAAAUAUGUAUUUUCUUCCUGUUGAUUUGCACAAUCAAAUGUUUAAAGGGGGAAAAGUGUAUCAUGUUAAUAAUUGUGCCAUUGAAAUGAGCCCAUAUUUGUUGUUUUUUACAGUGCGUAAUCAAAUUUUAAUGUCACUUCUGUAUGCACAGUCUUUGUUAUGCCAGAACAUCCUGUGUCAUUAAUACUGUCUGUGGACAUAAUUAAAAUUCUACUCCUUUAAAUAAAUUUAUUUAUUGGGGGAUGUUGCUGUGCAAGGCUUCACAACUGGUCUUACCUUUUACAUUGCGCAAGGGCUGGUGUGUCAAUUACUGUUUUAGGUUUUGCAAAACAAAGGCAUUUGCAGUGAUGUAUUAGAAUUAACAGUGAAAAAAAAAAAAGAAUCCUGUUCAUUCCAUAUUCUGUUUUUCUGUUCAAGUGUCUUGAAUCCUCUCUUAAACUCAUCUUCUUUAGGACACAUUCUCCUUACAAGAGCAACAAAUGAAUAAACAACAGAGUGAAGCUGUGUUAUAUUUUGAUAUAUCUGUCUUAUUCUUUAACUCUGGCAGAUAGAAUGUGGCCUACAGUACCUACACACCAAAACAGCUUGUUCUUGUUCGUUCAUCAUAAGCUAAAUGUCCAUACUGUGCAGCGACCAGUCUCAUUUGAGUUAUCACUCUGUAGAAGGAACUUCAGCUACAGGGAAAAGCUACUUUUUCUUAAUUCUGUUCUUGCCUGUUUCUUCUAUUACAUGUUUGAAUGUAUUUUCAGAAUGUUCAUCUUACCCAUUUGGUGUGUUUAAGAAAUUGCAUUGUUUAUGGUGUUUGCAAAGCAAAAUGUUCAAAUUCUCGUUUGUUUACUUUGUAUUCCUCUGCAGUUUACAGUAAAGUUUGUGAUCCUGUGGUUCUUAUUCUUUUUCUA